GUUCAGCCAGUAUCUGCCUGCUAGUUGAAUCUAUCUAUUGUAUUCAUUAUAAAAAUUUGUUGUGACUCACUUUAUUUCAUUGAAAAAUAUUCAAAAAUAUAAUGUCUAGAAAUAUAGUUUUUGAGGGUUGGUUAACAAAAUCACCACCAUCAAGACGAAUUUUUAAAAUAAAAUGGCGGAGAAGAUGGUUUGCAUUACGACAAUCUGGUGAACUACCAGGGCAGUACUUCCUAGACUAUUACUCUGAUAGAAACAGACGGCGUUUAAAGGGCUCUAUAAAUCUUGAUCUUUGUGAGCAAGUUGAUGCUGGUUUGCACAUGACUCGUAACAGUACUGGAAUACUGGAUCCUCGAAUACGUGGCUCAGUUUUCUCAAUUCAAACUCAAUCAAGAACAUAUCAUUUGGAAGCAGAUUGUGAGGCAGAUAUGGAAAAGUGGGUUGAUGCAAUAUGUCGUGUUUGUGGCUUAAGGGCUACAAGCACACCUCCGGAACCAGUUGUUACAAUUAUAACUGCAAGUGAAGAAUUGCGCGAAAUCGUCGUUCCCGGCACUGGUACAUACCAAAACAGCACAAUGACGGUUAUGAAUGAUCAGUAUGAAUUUUCGGAGGGUACAGGACCUUAUAUACCGAUAUCUGAAUGCAUAACAGGAGUCCGUGCCGCGGAUUCCCAAAGUUCCUUCACCUUCGAUCCUAAUAAUAUAGUCAUUGGUGCUAAGUCAACCUUCGAGGGGCCUGAAAAAGGUCUACAGUAUUUAAGUCAUCCACACAUUCGUAUAAAUAAUGUUGACUUAUCUGAAAAUGAAUCUAAUAUAAGCGACGAGGAAUGUAAAUCGCUCAAUGCUAGUCAUUCUAAUAUAGCGAGAUACGGCAAUAUACCGGAUACCUGGCUACUUGCUAGAUCUUACGUAAGACCGGGGCUCGAUGGUGAGAAUAGGCCUAACUUGAGAGCAUCCGGGAGUGGCAUCAGGGACAGACUUCAAGUGAGGUUUUCGAGUUUCAACAAAGGAGAAAAAGCGAAGCCCCAUAGCAGCCCUAGAGGAAUAGGCGAGUCUGAAGAAGGCCCGCCGGUGCCGCCGCGGCCGCCGAAGAGUUUCGGCUUCAUUAGGGAGAAUAGAGAAUCGUUCCAGGGACCUAAGAUACAGGAGCCUGAAGGCGAUAGAUCUAAACAAGAGUCGUUUGCAAUACCAUUUCAGCCUCCAUUCCCCUGGCUUCGUUCGUCCCGAAGAAUGUCUCAAGAGCAGCAGGUCGUUAAUCGGCCAAGGGUCGAUGAUAACGCGUGUUGCCUCACCCAUGUAAGACACAAUUCUUUACAGCAAUACUGCAAUUUGUCGUCUCUGCCGCCGAUAGUUGACAGGGCAUUGAAGCCACGAAUUGGUAGUACGGGCAUCUGUCACAUGAAUCAUGUUGCCGCUCAGACACUACUGACGAUGCCUCCCGAAACUUCGACUAGGCGUGCCAAAGCGUCGGAUACGUUGCAGUACCUUGACUUGGAUCUUACACCCAAAAGUAAUUCCAAGGAACAGGAUGAAAACGCACGCGCCAAGAAUGCAAAAUCGUUUUCUGCGGAAUCGCGUACCGAUUAUAAAACGGUUGAUUUCGUGAAAACUGAAGCCUUUAAUAUUACACGACGCGAUGCUGAGGCUUCUCGGAGUGUGCAACAAUGACUAAACCCCGUAUACGGUAAAGUAUACAAGAAAUGUAUAAACAAAAAUGAUUUAUUUAUACAUUAAACUGUACACUAUAUCGUAUAUGAGGGAGAGCGUCACGACGCGUGGACUGUUGUGAGUGUAAUAUACUUUUGAUAAUCGCCUAUUAAGUUAUAGUGUAUUAUAAACAUUCGAAACCAAAACAUUUUUCGCUAAACGUCUAAGAACAAUUUAUUAAUAUAAAUAUUUUAAUAAGAGUAAAGAAAAUUUGUUUUAGUAAAUAUAGUUCAAAUAUUUCAGCAAAUCUGUAACACUUUUGUCAAACAGGAUUAACACUUGUAAAAUACCUGUGACUAUUAACUGAGCUAUAAUUAUAAUUUAAUUAAUUUCCAUUUUUCGAUUAUAACGAAUUUAUAAUAACAAUAAACCCAUUUUCAAAUUUGAUGAAGCUUUAAGUGUUAGAUGUGUUUCUCAUAUUCCCAUUUUAAUCACAAUUUAAUUUUGACAUCUUCAUUUGUUACGUAACUUCCCGAAUCUUAAAAAAUCUUUAUAAAAUAUUGUGGAUCGACCAAUAUUGAUUUUCACGGUAUAUGAAAAAUCGAUUAAAAAUUAUAAUCAUUAUAUACAUAUUUGUUCCAAAACUACAAAUUGGGCUGAAUUAAGUUAGGACAUUUUAUGUUUUAAAUGCCCUUAUAAAUUUUCGUAAUUCACGCGCAUAAAUAUUAAUUAAAUGUAAUGAGUAAAUUUUUUUAUAUAUAUUGACCAAUUUUUCUAUUUCGUAUAAAAAUUAGUGAGAUUUACAAAGGUCUACUUGUUGUGUUCCGUCAUAAUCAUGUCAUCAUUUAAAUGAAUGACUAGGUUUUUUAAAGGAAACAAUUUAUUAUUUAGCAAUUUGUAUACUCCGUUAGCUAAAUUAAUAAAACAGUGAGAAUAUAGUGAGAAAAUGGGCCUUUGAAAUAUGGUUCCGGGUAUACAGGGAUACGUUUAUGUUAAUAAAAUAGGAGCCAAACCUACGUUAUUAGAUAAUAAAUUACUGAAAAUAUGUAUUCUUAUUUAAAUCUAAUUCAAAAUUAAUUAGUAUUUUUUUAUUGCGUAAAAAAUAGCAUAGCUAUUUUUUGUGUUUACACUACAUGAUCUAAACGUCGAAAUUACUCGACCUUAAAGUUUUAUUAACGAUGACAAUGAGAUGUCAAAUCCUGAAAGUUAGCCUUAAGCUUUUUUCUGAUAUCAAAUGACAGAAAAUAUUUUAUAAUCAGAAUAAUAUUUUGUAUGGUGUAUGUUAGGAGUGAGUGAAGUCUGUUUGUGCCUUGAAAUAGUGAGAUUUAAAAGAAGUAGAAAUUAUUAGUUUGGCUCCUAUUUUAUUAAGAAACGUUAAGCAUGACUAUUGUUAUUUAUUAAAUAACUUCAUGCAUUUGCUAAAAUCAAUACCUCCGCGAAAUAGUAGCAGAGUACAACGAUGUAAGAUUUAGAAGCAUUGCAAAUUCUAUUUUCGGUGCUUUAAAUGUUGGCUAAUGUUUACAACUGCUGCAUAUUGAAAAAAAAAUAACUAGACUUUAAUUUGUGGCACAAAUUGCAUUUCCUAUAAGCGUUGUAGAGCAUUUGUUAAAAACGAUUGCUGUUUCCUUUUCAUAGAUUUUAUUUCAAUUAUCUACACAACACAUUUUUAAUUAUGAUUAUUACUUCUUUCUCAUCAUUCUUGACCUAAUAUGUCUUAGGUAUAUGAUUUAAUUGCAGUCUUCCAAUUCUGUUUAUUAAUACAAAUGUAAAUAUAGAUAGUGAGAGGGUAUAAACUUCUAUAUAGUAUGUAUAUAGAUUGUAGAUUUUUAUAAAAAAAUUAAAAAAAAAACAAAACAAAAAAUUUAAAAUAUUGUUAGAAAUGAUACGCACAAUUAGAAUAAGAUAUAUUUUGUGUUGUGUCGAUAUAUAUUUUAUUUAAUUUUUUAAAAACCUUUUGUCUUAUUUUUUACUUACUUGCGUAAUUUAAUUAUGGUAUUUCUUUAGGUACAAAAUAUUGUUUUAGCUUUACGUUGCCAAAUAUAUUUAAUUAUCGCAUUUUGGCAUUAUUGCAUUAUAAUUUUUAAUUUUAAUUUUUGUAGACAUUUAGUAUGUAAACCUUGUAUACGAAAGGCUUACCAGUACUUUAAUUUUUGUUAUUAAAUAAAUUUGAUUAUGAUAUUUUAUUUUUGGUUUCAUUUUUUUUAUUUCCUAAGUUUUUUUUUAUAAUUGAUAGUAGAUAAAGGUUGUUUAUGUUGUGAUUUUUAUUGUAUUUGUGCCAAAUUUGUUAUCGAACGUUCGCUAUUAUGUUAAUAAUAGAUCUUCAGAGAGGUUUUAAUAGGAAAUGUUAUACGUAGGUUUGAAAAACAUAAUUUAUUUAAUAAAUUAGAAAUAAUACGCGCUGUAUAAAUUAUUGUUAAUCUUAGGAAGUAAAACGCGAUUUAAAUUAAACAUUUGUGUAAAUAAUCCUGUAUAUAGAUAGAUAUCGCUCUUAUAUAGUAAAAGGCAAGAAUCACGCUCGAAGACGUGGAAAUCGAUACCUUACGUUAAAGAAUCCGUAAGUAAAGAGUGACAUGUAUUGGCAUAGUUAGGUUGCAAUGGUUGUCCAUUUUGCACCAAUGAGAAGUUUAAAGAGCAAGGUAACAUCUUUAGAAUUUGUAAUGAAUGCUAAUUAUUAUUUAGGUUUAGUAAAAAGUAGUAAUAAGACUCCAACGCACAACUAGCAAGUAAAUGCCAAAUUACAGUUCAUAUUCACUUAUUUUUUUUUGUUUACGCAUAAUAUCGUUUAGUGCGAGGGUAGGUGUAAAGCUACUUAUUUAACUCUAAAGUCAGUCAGCUGCCAAUAGUCUUCUUGUUUUAAUCAUGUUUAUCGCUUUUGAAGAAAAAUAAUGUUUGUUUUAAAAAAUAACAAUACGUACUCGUCAUUAUCCUUUUUAUUAAAUCGUUGGUUUGACAUUCCUUUGCAUCGCCCGUAUUCCAAAUCGAACCUUAGUGACCCGAGUAUGAGCCAACUCAAGUCUAAUCUUAAGAUUGCAACCCGUUUUUUACCAUGGCGAUUCUCAAGAUUAGAUUGUCACUUAACACGUUUUUGAAUACGGGCCUUUAAAUUAAUCUACGUAAUCUGUAGCUCUACGGUGAGCUUAAGUAAAAUGAUAGGAUUAAAUAUUUAAAAAAGCUCGAAACUUGUGAAUAUAAAUUAUGGGCAAGUAUGCAACGGCGGGUUUUUUAUUUUAUUAUUUUAAUAGUUGAGGGCCUAAUAGUGUUACUUAAAAUAGGAAAUUAGUAGAAAAUAUAUAGGCGCUCAAUUUUUAAAUGCGUUAGUUAUGAUUUAAUUACAUACAUAUGUACUUAAAAAUAGCCUAAAUUACAUUAUAUAUUAUAUUUUAGAUCCAAUUACAGCUGAGCUCUGAGAAAACUUAUAUUUGUUUAACAAAUAAUUAUUAUCUAAGUUAAUUGCAAUUAUUAUCAUAAUAUAAACCAUUGAAUUAUACUUGUACUUAUCGUAUGUUAAUAAAACUAUGUAAAUAAUAUUAAAGACGAAAGAAUAACUCUUAUUCGUAAAAACUAAAUCAAUGUAUCAACAAACAAAUUUAAUUACACCGUAACAAAAUCGUAAAUUCAAUUUGACAGAGACAAUAGAGCAUUGAAUAAGAUUUUAUGAGUAAGGGCGAUAAAUAUUAAAGUACCUUGGCCCGAGUAGAACCUCGGAUGUUGAUACAAUAUUGUAUUACUGAAGUACAUUUUUUGUAUCGGUAGUAAGUAGCUUUUAGUACCUAAAAGUUACUUUAACACAACCACCAAACUUCAGUUAGCGGCAUUUAACGAGAUUGCUAUUUAAAAAAUGUCUUCUGAGUAAUAACUAGUUUAAACAGAAUUUUCUACUAUGAUGCAAAUGUUUGACUGUAAAUAUUGAAUGCUCAGAAAGAGCUCGAUUAAAUCUGUGAUAAUCACAGACCGUACGCGUUCAUUUAACCAACUAACAGUAUAUAAAGUUACCAAAGUAUUAGUAGUAUAAGAGCAUUGUUUGCUCACACCUUAUUAAUUAUUUCUUACAUACAGAGCUCUAAUGUAAGAAGUAAUUAUUUAGGCCCUGACCGUGUCGAGGCGGUCUAAGAAUACAAACCUCGACCCCAUGUCGGGACACAAGGGUGUCGUAAGAGGCGACUAAACCCGACGGUGGAAGGGCAAUUUCCGCCCGCCUGGUUAAAGUACCACCCUCCCAAUGAAGCCAGCCUAUUUGGCCCAAACGGGAGCACCAGCUUUCCCCUUUCGCCUAUCCCUUUUUCUUCUCUACUCUUCUUUUCCUUUCCCUAUCCUACGCCUUUAACUUCCUUCCUUUCAGUACUUUGAUAUGUUUAAUCAGUAUUUUGAAGUUUACUAAAUGUGUAGAUUUGAUGUGUAGUUCGAUAUAAUCAAUUAUAACUAAAUGUUAGAUUUAAGCAAUGUCCGAUUUGUGCGUGAUAAUGGGUUAGCUGGGUGCGACGGUUUGGUGGAGAGAGAUGGAAACCUAUUUGAUCUCAGAUGUUGGACAUUGUUAUUCAUUAGUCAGCAUUAUUUAUGAAGUGUAAUCCAGUGUCAUACAUGUUUAACGUCAUGCAUUGCGCUCGUGUUGCCCGUGUAUUUAUGGCAAUAUUCGCCAAUGUGUCUGUCGUACUAGAGCAGUAUUAUUCUUAGUAGCUUAAAUCAUAUUUUAGAACGUUAUCACGUUAAACAAUUAAGGUUUCUCUGAUGGAACCUCAGAUAAGAUGCAUUUAUUAGAUUUUAAGGACUAUUAACAACAGCGAUGCAUAAGAUAUUGAAAGCCACUUUAUUCAACCCAUAUAAGAUGCAUUUACUUAUUAGAUUUUAAGGACUAAGAAACAGCGAUAUAUAAGAUAUUGAAAGCCACUUUAUUCAAGUAUUAAAUUAGUAAUUAUAUUUAAUCUCUCGGUGUUAUGUGUCUGUAACCGUAGAGGCUGAAUUUGACAUUUUGGUUGUGUUGAUACAAAUGGGAUUUAGGGAUCGCAAAUAGAUGUAAGUUGAAAAUCUGUGGAGCAAAGGAAUUCAGCCUUAGCCUAUAAUUAACUAUAAUUAAAAUGCUCAUAUUAUCUAGAUGUCUAUUAUAAGUGUCUAUUUAUCGGUGUUUAUCAAAUACGACGCCCGCACUUUGUCACUUCCAAGGUUUUACCGUACUUUUUAAAAAUAUUUUCUUGUUUAGUUAUUAUUAUUAGUUGAGAUGUAUUCAUUCUUUCGAGUCUACUGAAAUCACUACUGUAUUUUCAUAUGCGGGUUUAAUACGUGUUUUAUGUGUAAUAAAAAAUAAUAAAAUGU